CGUCAUCGACUGGCAGGGGCUCAUUUAAGUGGCUGUGCAGCAGGAGGAAAGAGAGAGAGAGAGAGAGAGAGGGAGCUUAGAGGAGGCUGAAUGACAUUUUUCAGCUCUCCACACCCAAAUCUCUGGAAAAUUCCUUCAGUUUGUCGGCUGCUGCAGAGCUCGCUCGCUGAGAGCGACUGAGGGAGGCAGGAAGGCUGAAUAGCAUCUGGCUCAAUGUUGCUGCAGGUGACCAGAUAACCUUGGAAUGUGGGUUAGAUGACUCUGUUGACUGAGGUUUCUUGAAUGUAGCGUAGUGUAUCUCUAACAUUGUGGACUGGAUCAGGGUGAAGACAGAAGAAGAAGAUGAUCCAUGUAUAAGGAGCCAGAGCUGGAUAAAAGCUGACCUGUUUCCUGUUGGGGACCAUAUAUUACUUCCUGCUUGUCUGUCACCCUGGGGAAGGCAAAGCUUCUCCGACCCCCCCGAUUCCCCCCUUCCUCCUCAUCAUCAUCACCCUCAUCGUCCUCACCGCCGUUGAAGUCUGUUUCGACGUCCCGUUGUGCCCUGACUUCAGGUAUCCGGUGGAAAAGGUUUUGGCUCCCGGGAUCGCCGAUCAUGCACAUCAAGACCACUAAGUGUAACCGCUUCUGCCUGGUCGCCUCAGUGACCAACCAGGAAGUGUUCAGCCGUCCUGAGGCACAGGCCAGCUUUGAGGCCUUGUUCCGUUCCUUCGACCCGGAGGUGCAGUUCCAGUACUUCAGGUCCUUCCGGCGGGUCAGGAUCAGUUUCAGCGAUGCUCUGGCAGCAGCCGAGGCGAGACUGCGACUGCAUAAGACCGACUUCAACGGCAAAGAGAUGAGACUCUACUUCGCCCAGUCUGUCCACAUAGGGAGUCCUCGGCUGGAGCCUCCCAAGCCAGAGAAGCAGUUCCUGAUCUCCCCCCCUGCCUCCCCUCCAGUUGGCUGGGAACAGUCUCAGGACGCCACGCCAGUCAUCAAUUACGAUCUGCUGUGCGCCAUCUCCAAAUUAGGACCAGGGGACAAAUACGAGCUCCACACGGCCACGCCCACCACCCCCAGCGUGGUGGUCCACGUCUGCGAGGACGAGCGCGGCGACAGCUCAGCCCCCGACGACAGCGACCAGGACGACAAGCCCCGCCCCCCGCGGCCAAAAAUCAUCCAGACGCGACGCCCCGACUACAGCCCCGGGGUCAAGCAGUGAGCGGCAGCGAGGGAGACGGCAGUGUGACGACUGUAACAUUCCAUCCUGAAGUGACUGGUCAAGAGCUGAACACACUCUCUGAGCUUUGGAGGUAUGGGGGACUUUGAGAAGGCGCCUAAGGGUGCUGUGAUGUCCCGUAGACGAGCAUUUCAUAAGAUGAAGAGAGAAAACACAGUGUUGAAUGCUGCAUUCAUGUCCCAUGGGAAAGACAGGAGAUAUCAACUUCCUAGUGGAAGAUACUGUUGAGUUUAGCCAUCAGAUGAAAUGUACUGCUUGUGAAUUUAACGUUUGGAGAUGGAACUGAAGGAAAUAUGACUUUUGAACUGUAGGAAAUAAUGUAAACCAAUUUUUGAUUGUAGUGUUAAAGAUACCACGGUAGGAGACUUUGCUGGAUGUUUGCUUUGUGGUGAUUUUUUUUUUUUUUUUUUUUGGGUGUGUUUUUGUGAGAUGAAGCUGGUCAGGUGAAAGCCUGUGAUUUGGGUGUUAUUCCCACAUGACAUGAAUGCAGCAUCAUUCAGAGAAGUCAUGUUUGCAUUUUCCUCAUCUAGAGUAUGGGAUGUAACGGACAGUGAAGAAAGCAGCUGUUGAUUCUUGCUUACAUAUUUCUGUCAGUCAGCUGUAGAAAGCUGACUUUCAGUUUGCACACCGCUGGCAUGUGCUUUUUCAGAUUUCCCUUUUGGUUGUGCGGUCGUGUCAUGUUGGCGCCGCGGCUCCCUGUUACUCUUCUACUGUUUGAUGUCUCACCUUCACCCCCACCCCCCCACGCAAGCUGUUUAACAGUGGACAAUAAGUCAAGUCAAAGCUCGCCUUACUUCCAUAUCCAGACUGGCUUCAGUGUGUUCUGCUUACAUUUAAACAUUAAUCCCUAAUGAGGAGUCUGCACCAACAGUGUUCCUGUAAUGACUUCAGCAGUGUUACUUGUGGGUUAUUUCAGUUUUGGUACUCUGUGUCUGUGUUUUGGUUGUAGCUUAGCAAAGAGGUGUUGCUAUUUGACAUAUAAUAGAGCUAAAAUACAAAUGGCUUUAUGAGGCUUUUUAUUUUUGAAUGUAGUGCUCACACCAGACUUCAUCUGACAGCUUCAGCUAACCAUGGUUUAUUGUUGACAUAAAAAAAAAAAUUUAUACUUGAGCUAAAUUGUAUUCUGAAAGAAAAGUCUUUGUGAGAAACUCCAACUGAAGCACUGUUAUUCAACCUCUGACUCAGGGCCCAGUGCGCUCUCUGGCCUCUGCUGGUGGGUCCCCAUUCGAUAAAGAGUGCUUGUACGUCUAAAGGAGAUUAGUGCGUUUCCUGUAGUUAUCGUCUUAUUGUAUUCAUACAAACUGUUUUGCAUGUAUAACAAUUGUACGUUGGGAAAAUACGCGCCAGAAGCGUGUGUGUUUGUGCGUGUUACUUCUGUUCAGAUGGGUGUGUUAACUGUUGCUUCCCCAUUAGCAGUGGAGUGGCCAGUCUGCUGCACACACACACACACACACUGUUUAAACUGCUCUCUUUAAGUGUUACGUCAGAGGUGUGCAAGCAUGUGACAGACCCUCUAAAUACUGACAUCAUCCACAGACGACCACAUGAAAAUAUACUGUCACACCCAUUUAUGUAAGAUAUGUCGCAGCGAAACCCCCAGUGUUAACACACGUCUGUAUUCUGCCAUUGCCAUUAGCUUUUCUGUUGUAUUCUCCCUAUGUUGUAUCUGUCACUUGGUUAGCUUCAAGCUAAAUCUUAACACAGUCUUACACUGUCCUAGCAUUUAACUGUCAACUAUUCUGUAGGUACAUAACCACUCCCUCACACAGUUUCACCACUAGAACAUGCUACAUGGACAUGACUUAAAACAAUGACAACGUGAACAUUAGGUUAUACAAGAAAGCCCUGAGGGUUCAGCACACUGAUUAUGACUGGAGCUAGUCUGUUUAUCUUCAACUGACCGAAUCCACUUUAACUGUGUUCUACAUGGCUCUUUUCUCUCCCUGUGGCCAGUACUGUCUGUUGUCUUGGCGUGAGAGAUGCUUUAGUUUUCAUUUCAGGGGCUGGUGGUGGCAUCUUUUACCGGAUCAGAUGAUGUACUAACUUUUAAACGAGUGAAUUAAAAAGCCACUUUAAAUGAGCUCAAGUUAAGAGAAGUUGUAUUGGUCAGUACGACACUUGUGGUUUAGUUUGCUUGAAAAACGUUUUCUUCAUCCAUGAUGAUGAGAGAACGUUAGCUUGCGGAAGCAGCACUGUGAAACACGACGCACUGCCAGCAAGUCCAACAGCUCAUCUGUCCCACAUUAUACAAUUGGAGGUUGCAUAUGGCUUUGUCAGUUUAGCUACUUUUGUACUACUGGUAUUUUAAGUUUGUUUAUAUUAAAAGAAAUCAGUUAACAUUGAGUUACCAUUGAAUAAAGAUUUGACCAUCGA